UCCGUUUGAUUGGCGUUGACAGCUUGCCUACUACUAUGGGAGCUCUGAUCGGCGAGCGGACCGUGGGGACGAUGAGCUAUAGUCUGGCUAUCUCGUCAGCUUUGCAGCGAGCGCGAACGAGCGCUCGCAGGCUUGGCGGCGGGGCAUUACACCACCAGCAGAUGACAGUGGCUGGCUGCUCAUCUGGCAGUCAGCAGGCCAUGUGGCAGUCUGUUUGUCAGCGCGCCACGUGGCGGGCAUCGGAAGCGUUGUCCGGGGUGCGGUCCCUUCGGUCGCUGUUCUCUAAGAUAUCCAAUUCUCGCGCUGCAGACCGGUCGUUCGCGUCUCAGAUCGACGGCUGGGAUGUGGCAUCGUCAUCGUCAUCGUCGUUCGUGGGUGAUGGGCCGAGAAUCGUGGUGAAAAGCGAGAGACCGAGAGGGUGGAGAAGAGAGGGGGUAGGAGGAGGAGGAGGAAGGGGGGAUGCGGGGGCUGCGGGAGCUAACCCUCCAGCACUGGGUAGGGAGAAGCUCGGCGUGUCCCGAUCUGAGGAAGGGAUCGCAAGAUGUUGCCAGAGCGGGAACGCUGGCGGGAACACUGUCAAAUUCGAAAGGAUCGGCGGGGCUUCCGCGGCCUCCGUCGUGGUUUCCGACGCUGCGCCUGCCGCCUCCGCCUCCGCCUCCGCCUCCGCCACGGCCUCCGCGAGAUCCGAUUCCUUGGUGGCGGAGGUUGGCGACAGGUCGUCAUCCAGCCAGGUAGAAGUUAGGCUGUCGCAUCCACACGUGGCACCACCAGAUGCUGCCCCCCCGUUGGAUUACCACCGUCGCGCAGGGGGCGGGGGCGGCGCGGGGGCUGAAGCCUCGCCGAAGCUUCAGGUAAGUUCUGCUGCCCCUAAAACCGCGCCGCCGCUGCCGCAUCAAUCUCCAGGUGGCGCUGUCGAUAACAGCUGCAGCAGCGGCGGCCCGGAUACCGAUCGCACGGCUUCGAGUCGGACAGGAGUUGGACCCUCCGGCGCUGCGGCACGUGGAUCUCCUGCCUUCGUUGAUGCUCUCGAUGAUGAUGAUGCUGAGGAGGAGGAGAGUGACGCGCGGGGACGGAUGAGUAUGGAGGGAGCGCGAAGUCCGCAGGCGGAAGAAGAGGUCGGGGCUGUGGGGGGAAAUGCAGACGAAGCCAUCGACGGAAGGGAAGAUCAGCUGACGUGGCAGAGGGGUGGCGGGAAAGUCCAUCGGCUUGCUGUAGUUCAUCCGAGCGCAAUCGUCGAGGUCGGGGCCGUGGUUCGCGCACGCGCGCGCAUCGCGGCUGACUGCAGGAUAAGGUCCGGUACAGUUGUCGGUGAGGACGUGGCGAUCGGGAUCGGAACAGCCACCGGGUUCAACGUAUCUCUUCAAAACUGCACGAUUGGCGAUAAAUGCAUGAUACACAAUGGAGUCUGUGUCGGACAAGAUGGUUUUGGCUUCUUCGUGGAGGAGGGCAGGAUGAUCAAGAAACCUCAGAAUCUGAGGGUUAUUAUCGGUAAUGAAGUCGAGAUUGGAGCGAACACCUGCAUAGAUAGAGGAAGUUGGCGAGAUACCGUGAUUGGAGAUUACACGAAGAUCGACAACCUUGUUCAGAUUGGACAUAAUGUAGUUAUGGGAAAGUGUUGCAUUUUGUGCGGACAAGUGGGACUCGCAGGAUCUGUGACGUUGGGUGAUUACGUUGUCAUGGGCGGGAAGAGCGGCAUUGCGGAUCAUGUCCAAGUUACAUCCAAUGUGAGGAUUGCGAGUAAAGCAGGUGUUGUCAAACAUAUCAAGGAACCUGGUGAUUAUGCUGGCUUUCCUGCGGUGCCGGCUCGAGAGUGGCAGCGCUCAGUGGUUUCGUGGAGGCAGAUGGCUCGAACAUUGCGACAACCAGAGUCCUCUCAUGGGCAAGGACAGGGACAAAAUACUGGGCAGGUUCAUCCCCGGAAAGGGCACAGGAGCGUUUCUGAUAAAUUGGGACCCUUAGAGGGAGAGGCCUAGUCCGCAAUGAAGGCAGAGGCGAGAGCAUGCGACCGAGUGGGAAAGGCAUAUUUGUCAUGCUGGAUGUGAAGGAUGGAGGGUGCUGUAACAAUCGAGAAAACAGACGAAAGGUCGUCAGUGGUAGGCGGAUGCAAGCUCGUGUUGGCUUUUUCACUGGACUUGUGUGGUUUGUUGGUGUAAAGUCUUGGGCAAUUGUAUAAUAUAAGGCCUCAGUGGUUGGACGCAAGCGGGUGGGGGAAGGAGGGGAAUUACCAGCCUUCAAGAAGUAGAGGGGGGGGGGGGGGAAGGAAAGAAGGAUAGAUUGAUCGGGUGCAGUGCAUAAUGCCGUUCUGUAUGUGAUGUUGUUCGGCUUUGAAAUGGUUCUUGUGUGAUGUGCUUCCCGCAAACCACCAGUACAUGUCAGCCAUCUGCCGCGGACCCCGUUCGGACGCCGCCCACCGUCGAUUUAUUUUAUCGACGGCGUGCGCGCGCCUCCAAAAUUUUACGAGAGGCUCAAUCGAACUCUGAACGUCGCUGGGGCUAUGUACUUGGUCCUUUAAGGUGAUCGUACUCUAAACAUCGCUGGGGCUAUGUACUUGGUCCUUUAAGGUGUCCAAUUAGACACAGAGAUGCAUUUGCAAGUUGAGGCAAACCGGUGGAGGGAGAAGAGGAAGUAGCCACUCCUGGUGAUGAAUGAACCAACACUUGUAGGAGGGAGGGAGGGAGGGAGGGAGGGAGGGAGAAUGGAGGGAAUCUUGCAAAGCGACAGUGUAAAGGAUGCGAUGCGGUGAAACCGUGCAUGGCAUGUGAUGCUCUUUCUAAUUUUGCUGAAAAAUGGACUACAAUAUGUUUACGCUGUGGGCAGUGCACUGUGUACAUGCCGGCGUAUAUAAUGUUUGUACUACUUUGUAGACUCCCAGACUUGCUCACUUCAGAGCAUUAGCACACGGUUGGGGGUUGGAAGGUGGUGGGCAGAGAAGGAAGGGGAGAGGAGAGCUAGGUGGAAGUGAGUAGAUGUCACUAGCAGCGUUUAGGGUCCACUUGGUCCCAGUUGGAAAACUUCCUCUUGGUUCUUCCUCUUCGAUCGAACUUCCGCUCGGUGGGCAGAUGAGGAAAGGGACUCUGGAAUUUCCUCUUGGUCCCAAGUUGGAACUCCCUCUUGGUCCCAAGCUGGAACUCCCUCUUGGUGCCAAGAGAGGGAGAGUUUGGAACUCCCUCUUGGUCCCAAGUUGGAACUCCCUCUUGGUGCCAAGAGAGGGGGAGUUUGGAACUCCCUCCCUCUUGGUGUCCUCAUGCAGAGGUGAAAAUAUAGUGCGCAGUCCCAUGAUCUCCCAUCACUGAGUUUUGGGUUGCAGACUUUCAGUUCAUCACAGAGAUUUUUUUUUUUUUUUGCUUUUUUUUGCUUGUCAGCAGGACCGUCCAACUAGGCCUUGAGAUUGUUGACGUGGAAGGAAGCGGGGCGUAGUAUGGACCAGGUUCGCUCCAUUGGGGUGCAAAAAAUUCAGUGUCAGGCUUUCAACAGUUUAUAGAGGGUCCACUGUGCUUGCUGGUGGUUUAAGGGCGGAUGGGAGUGGUUCGAUUCAUUUGGGGCCUUUUGGGCCCAAAACAAUUCAGUUUCGGCAGUUUAGGGUCCGCCGUAUGGGUGGUUUAAGGGCGCGGAUGGAAGUGGUUCGAUUCAUUUGGGCUCAAAAAAAAUCAGUUUCGGCAGUUUAGGGUCCGCCGUACUGGUGGUUUAAGGGCGGGGAUGGGAGUGGUUCGAUUCAUAAGGGAUGAUGAUGGGAGGAGGCGACGGCUCCCGGUGAUUUAGUGCGGUUGUAACGGUCUCGGGACAAUGUUCAUGCACGUGGCAUGCGUGCCUGAGGAGGUCAGCACGUGCAGUGCGAGUCCAGGGUUCGACUCCGAAUAGCGGUGUGGAGGGGGAUUGAUAUGACCAGGCAUGUAGUUGUUUGCUCGUUUUCGACGCGCACGUAGAAGUUCUGGAGAUGGUUAGCUUCAGGGAAAAGAGGAUUUUCCGAGACGUAUCUGGCUGCGAUUACAGGUAGAGUCGGGCGAGAAAAGGCACAUUGUGAGGGUGGGUGCCUGAAGUCCAUUCUACAGAUUAUUGCAGUGCAAAUGUCAAAGACCUGAUGUGGCAUUUCAGAAGAAGAAAGAGGACUCCUUCACUACAGCAUUUGAGAAGGAGAAGGAUACCAAGGCAACCUUGGGUAGGCUGGAACCCCAGGCUCUUCAGAUAUGUGUCACUAUUUUAUGCAUCUAUAAAUACUGAUAGACUGCUGGUAAUUGUUUGCUGCGGGUGAAAUGUCCCUCAUUUUGGGUGCGAUUUCGCAACAAAUAGACUCAUAAAUGCAUGCCCACAUGUUAGGAGCUUUCCCACAGACCUGACUUUGAUGAGAAUCUCCUCUCUUCUUUUUCUUCUUUUCCUCCUCCUCCUCCUCCUCCUCCUCCAUGAUAGUCAUCUCUGUCACCACUUGCCCUCACAGAAGCCGUUUCCCCAUCUGUGGAGGAAGUCCGAGUCCGCCAAGUACCUAGUGGCAAGACAAGGGAGCGACUCAUAAAGGGUAAAGGAUUGGCGUCUGUCAGGGGCAUGGAUUCAUGAGGGUGUCGGGAGGUGAGAGGGGGAGGGGGAAGAAUCGGUCGUGUGUUCAGUGCCAUCCAGAUACAGCAGGCAAAGAAACUUAAGUGGUCGAGUUGCGAGCAAAGGAAGAAAGGCGUCCACCCGUCGUCCAGGAGACGUGUGACAUCUCCUUUCGUGUGACUUCAACAAGUUUCUCACUGACUGUUGAUUUUCCUAUGCAUCUUCGAGUCCAGCAAGAAAACAACUGCCACCAUCCAUGGGAGGCAGAGGUAUUGGUGGGUUAAUAACUCGAUAAACGCCCUGUGUGUGUGUCCCCUUACGUGGGUUAAUAACUCGAUAAACGCCCUGGUUGGUGCAGGCUGCAGGCUGUGUCAGGAAAUGUCUUGUCGAUUACCGUGGUUGAGCGGAGUGCGAGUGUUUCCUUCUGUGCCAUCGCGGUUGAGUUAGCUCGCUGUUCAUGUGGGCUAUAGGAGGCAACUAUGUAUGAACUAUGCUGUAGGGUACAGCGAGGGGUGAUGCCUACCGUAGUGCAUGUGGAAUGCGGGUGGUUAUUCGUCAAACUGCAGAGUGACUGGCCGUGUUUGUGCGAUGCUCUGACAAGGUGAGUGUGUCUGCGAAUGAGACGGAAAAGAGAGUGUUGCUUACACGCUCUAUAGGGUUCCGUCUCCCUUCUCUCCGAUCUCUCUAUCCCUUUUUUGUUAAAGAAGGGCGCCGACCUUGAGACUGCAUCAUUGAAUUGACCGGCCCUAGGUAAUUCAGAAAUGUAGUAGUAUAUUAAUUAUCUGCUUCCAGCUGAGUUUGAACUCAGCACCUGGUCUGCAUUUCAACAGUUCAGUCCAUGGGGGGUGUACCAACUGAGCUAGGCGUACACUGAGCUAGGCCAGUCCGCAGCCAGGAGGGUGCGCCUUGUGUGGUUUACAUUUCGUCGUGUCGUGUCCUCUCCAUUUUGGGUAAUGUCGUGCAGUACAGCGUUGCUAGGAUGGGUCCAUUUGGGGUUUCCGAAAGCAGAAAAAGGGUCCAGUCGCAGUCGUCCCUAAGACCGGUCACAGGGCAGGUUAGCUUGUCCAGGUCGUUCGAAAAGCAGCAUAAGGCGCCGUUCACAGUCUCCCUUUUGAGGGGUGGCGUUUUUUCCCGUUUCAAAAUAGGGGCAGACGAUCUGGGCCUGGGGCGUUUCUGCUUUUGUUUUUUUUUUCAGUUUGAACUGCAUCUCCCGAGAAAUAUGGGAAGCAUUCAUCUGUUUACUGCUAUGAAGUAUUGAAAAACGAGAAGGGAGUGCCCUGCCUUGUUGGCAGGGCUUUACUAAAAAGAAAGGCAAAAAAAGAGCUAUCGAGAUCUAGGGCCUCGCUCCACGACUCACCGAAUGUGCAAAAUGAGAAUGAAUAGUCCUGUAGAAC